GCUUAAUUCUCAAGCUUUGGGUUUGGGCACACAGGUGCCCGCUAGACCACACAGAUCAUCUUACUCCAGCACGAUCGCCACGCGAUCCGUACGGACACGUAAAACCAAAUCAGCGGCACGAGACGCUGGACCGCAAUGAACGCACUGAGACUCCGACACAGCGUAGCACUCUUACAGUUGAAUGUGAACAUUCCCUCCACCGCGGCACCGAGAUGGAACUUUGAGAUCCCCCAAUUCAAAAAGCCGAUUCCCUUUUUCUUUCAUUCCAGUUGUGAAAUUCGGAACCAGCGGCUUUCGUUGCGUUAUCGAAUCAGUUUAUCGCAUAAGUUCAAGAUUCCCUGAUCGCUUUUGUUCUUCUUUAAAAUUUUCAUCUUAUGGAUGGAUAAGCUGCGUGAUUCCAAUUCGGUGGUCUCGGCCGAAUCUCCAACUUUUUCUUUCUAUUUAUUGGCCGAAGGCAGCAAGCACAUAACCCACGCUGCGAUCGCAACCUUUAAGCUUUUGGAUAUCUCUUUGUGCUUUAUACUGUGCAAUCCAGCAUCAACAUUUGGACGACUAUCCCGUGAUUCGUUAUGAGUUACCAGAGCAAUGGUUUUUAUGAAAGUAAUCAACAGAAUGAUCCUGACGUGGUUCUACGCAAUGGAAGAGAAAUUAUUUUGCAGGCUUUUAACUGGGAAUCUCAUAAACAUGAUUGGUGGAGAAAUUUGGAAAGGAAAGUUCCUGAUAUUGCAAAAUCUGGGUUUACUUCUGCAUGGUUGCCACCAGCAACUCAUUCCUUCUCAUCUGAAGGCUACCUUCCACAGAACCUUUAUUCCCUCAAUUCUUCAUAUGGUUCUGAGCACCUGUUGAAAAAUUUACUUCAAAAAAUGAAGCAAUACAAGGUUAGAGCAAUGGCUGACAUAGUAAUCAAUCAUCGUGUUGGAACAUCACAAGGGCAUGGGGGAAUGUAUAACCGUUAUGAUGGAAUUCCUAUAGCAUGGGAUGAACGUGCUGUCACAUCUUGUACUGGUGGAUUGGGUAAUCGAAGUACCGGGGACAACUUCCAUGGGGUUCCAAAUAUUGAUCAUAGCCAAGAAUUUGUUCGAAAAGAUAUUAUUGCAUGGCUCCAGUGGCUACGAAAUAGUGUUGGCUUUCAGGAUUUUCGUUUUGAUUUUGCAAGAGGUUAUUCAGCAAAAUAUGUGAAAGAAUAUAUUGAAGGAGCUAAGCCAAUAUUUUCUGUUGGGGAGUACUGGGAUUCUUGCAAUUACAAUGGUCAUGGCUUGGACUAUAACCAAGAUAGCCAUAGACAGCGGAUGGUCAAUUGGAUUGAUGGCACAGGACAGCUUUCAACUGCAUUUGACUUUACAACAAAGGGAAUUCUUCAGGAAGCUGUUAAGGGACAAUUCUGGCGUUUACGUGAUCCUCAAGGGAAACCACCUGGUGUUAUGGGAUGGUGGCCUUCAAGAGCUGUCACAUUCAUAGAUAACCAUGAUACAGGAUCAACCCAGGCUCAUUGGCCCUUCCCUUCAAAUCACAUUAUGGAGGGCUAUGCAUAUAUACUCACGCAUCCAGGAAUACCAACCGUGUUUUAUGACCACUUUUAUGAUUGGGGCGAUUCCAUUCAUGACCAAAUCGUGAAACUGCUCAACAUUCGAAAGCGUCAGGACAUUCACAGCCGAUCAUCUAUUGGUAUUCUGGAGGCACAGCCAAAUCUCUACUCUGCAAUCAUUGGGGAGAAAGUGUGCAUGAAGAUUGGGGAUGGAUCAUGGUGUCCAACGGGCAGAGAGUGGACACUAGCAACUUGUGGCCACAGAUAUGCAGUAUGGCAGAAGUAAUAUGCUUCAAAAGCUAUUUUAUCCCUUUUCGCUUUGUCUACUUUCGGCUUGGCGCUGGGCUGGGCUUUAGUUUCUCUCUUCAGCCGUAGUCUUAAUAGUGUAUAAAUAAAGCCUCCAAUCUGCACUGGGAACCGUUGUACUGUUUGUAUUUUGAUUUCAUUUAUGCAGCGGAUCCUGUGUAAUAAAGCAGUCAUAUUAUAAUAAAAUUUCGUUUACGGA